UUUCAGUCACAUGAAUGGUUUGUUGUGAUCCUCCUGACUGAAUUGCAUCUUUUUUGUAACAUGUAGCUGGUUUACAUACAUUUGUGUUUACACGAGUGCAUUCUCCAGCUUUGUAUGAGUUACCGGGAUUAAAAGCUAACCACUAAACGGUCUUUUUGAGGUCUAAAAUUGACGAAGCGAAAGGGUUUCGAUUUUCUCUGUUUACGCUUAUGACUGGUAGUACUGAAGGCACGCGCUCGGACGUUAGCUUGUAUAUUAAUGUUUGCUAACAUAGCUUCAUGCUAAGAUAGGUUUAAUGCUGAUAUUAAGAGGAAAAUGUGAGCUGGCUUAAUUUUUCAGUUCAAACGUUUAUUGCUGAACACGAAGCCAUGUUUCGGUGGAUUCUCGGAGGUCGUGAGGCUCAGGGUUCAGCGGAGAAAAGCCCCGUGUUGUGCAUCGGAGAGGAACAGCCCAAAAACUGGUUCACUGAGCUGCAGGUGCUGAAAGGACAUUUUGACAUUGUUCGAUUUCUGGUGCAGAUUGAUGACUUCAGGUGUGCCUCGGCUGGAGAUGACGGCCUGGUUUUGGUGUGGAAUAUCGAGACUGGAGAGCGUCUGCAGGAGCUAAGAGGCCAUUCACAGCAAAUAACAGCCAUAACCACCUUUACCUGUAAUAAUGGGGUUCUGUCACACACGUCGCUCAUCACAGCCUCGUCAGACAAGAGUCUCAGUCUGUGGGAUCCUGAUACAGGCAACAGAGUUCAGACCAUCUCAGACCUUCAGUCUUCUGUAAAGUGCCUCCUGGUGCUGGAGCGGCUGGCCGUGUGGGUCUCUGGUGGCGGAGAGCUGUGUGUUUGGAACAAAGAUUUUCAGCUGCAGUGUCAGAGGCAGAACCACAGCGACACUGGAGUCACUGCUUUGAUAGAGCUGCCCAAGAACUGCAUCGCUGCUGCCAUGGAUAAAGAGAUAGUGAUCUACAGGCUGACAGUCUCCACUGAUUCCUCUCUGUCCAUGUCUGAGAUCCGCUGUCUGUCCGAUCACCAGGACCAGAUUCGAGCCCUGAUCAACAUCAACGACGGCCUCUUCGCCAGCGGCUCUCAUGCAGGCGAGCUGAUCUUAUGGGACGCCGUAGAGUGGAACAUCAAGGCGUAUGAGCACAUCCUGUGGGAGGAGUCACAGACCUCCAAUCAAGCUGAGAUACGACUGGGCGCUCCCAAACCCAGUGAGAUGUCCAUCCAGCACCUGACCACCAACGGGAGGCUCAUCCUGGCAGCGGUGGGCAGCGGUCUGUAUGUUUACAGCGUCCUGACAAAGACGGUGGUUGCCUACAGGAAGGUUGCUCAUGACUCCAAUGUUUUACACACCAUGCUGUUAUCUGACAGUGAGCUCAUGUCCUGCUCUGAAGACGGCAGUGUGAGGAUGUGGGAGAUCCAGGACCUUCCUCUACCUGCUGAACCAGCCUCUCCAGGCUUCUUUGGGAUGUGGACUUUUGGCCGAUCAAACAAACAGAGCGGUCCUCCUUCAAAGAAAGUCCCAGAUGUCCCUCACACCAGGACGCUGGAGCUGACGGGUGACCUGAUCGGACACUCGGGGGCAGUGCAGAUGUUUGUGAGCUUUAAGGAGAACGGCCUGGUCACCUGUUCGGCAGACCACCUGCUAAUUCUGUGGAAGAACGGAGAGAGACAGUCCCACCUGCGCAGUCUGGCACUUUUUCAAAAACUGGAGGAGAACGGCGGACUCUGACGGGACGUCUGAACUUUAAACUUGUGAAUAUUUGCCUUAAAACAAGGGGAGAUGUUACGUGUUUGUGACUAAAGGUUUGAGGGUACUGUAAUGACUGUCUGCACGUCAUAAUAAUGUGAUGCUUGUUGUGUUGCCUUAUGACUGAAAACAAGUAUUUAAGUCAGUAAAUACCUCGUCUCA